AGGCCAUGGCCCAAGGAAGGGCCGGAGCUGGUCGGAGACCCAUGGCUUGCCAUGAAAUUCAAGAAGAAGAAGAAGUUCGUGGCGGCAAAGUCCACGAAGUCGGAUCAAGACGUGGAUGAGAAGGAGGAGGAGGUGGUUCCAUCAACGGUUGGGAAGCUGGAAGAGGCUGGUUGGAAGGGCUUUUGUACAGCUUUCACGAACAUCCUCAGCCGUGAGCUGAAGACCUCACAGACGCCCAUCCUGGCGGAAACCGAAGUGGAGGAGAAGCUUCAAAAGAGCAAGGCGGAGUUUAAGGAGAAGAAACUGCAAGCGCUGGAGAACAGGGUGGAGAAGGAUAAGGGACAUGAAGCUGUGAAUAUUUUGGAGAAGAACUUUGAGAUGCAGCUACGUAAGUAUGCCACACAGGGUGUGGUUCGUCUCUUCAACGCCGUCAAGGAGUACCAGGCUCAUGCAGGUGAUGACAAGGCCGAAAAGUACAAGUUCAACAAGAUGCCUUUGCGACAACGUGCCAAGCUCAUGGCCGAGAGCAAGAAGGAGAAGUUCGAGAACGCCUUGAAGAAAACAACGACUAAGAAGGAUAAGAAAUUGAAGGGCCAGACGACCGCGAGGGCGCGAAGGAAGGAGAGACCAGCUGGUUCUGCCCUUGAGCACAAUAUGCUUGACGAGUUCGGGUGAUUUGAUGGCCUUCUGGCACCUGGAUCGUCUCACCCUGGCACCUGGGAAGAAUGUUUCACAGAUAGACCAAUCGAAAGGAAAUGGAUUGAAAUGGUCUCAGCAUCAGAA